AUGCAAUCACUUCUAACUUUCAAGCAAUCUCUGCAGGACCAAGAAAACAUGUUGUCUUCUUGGGAUUCCAAAACCGAUUGUUGCACUUGGGAAGGUGUUGUUUGCAGCAACGUAACUGGCCAUGUUCUUCAACUUGAUUUUAAUUUUUUUUUUUUAGGUGGCAAAAUAAAUUCUUCUUUGCUCAACUUGAAGCAUUUGAAAUACCUUGACCUGAGCUAUAACAAGUUUCAUGAAAAGAUACCUUCCUUCAUUGGAUCACUCACUAGCCUCGAGUACUUGAAUUUAGAUUAUGCUGGAUUUUAUGGAAAGAUUCCCCACAGUAUUGGGAAUCUUUCAAAUUUGCACAUUUUAAAUUUGGGUGUCAGCUCAGAAGGGCCGCAGUUGGAAGUGAGUAGUGUUGAAUGGUUGUCGGGACUUUCUCGAUUGGAGCAGCUCAACAUGGAUGCUGUGAACCUCAGCAAAGCAACCAACUGGGCACAACAGGUUAUCAACAAACUUCCUUCUUUAGUUGAGCUGCAUUUUCGUCGAUGUAAUCUUAAUUUGAUGGCUCCUCUGAAUGAUGUUAACAAUAUCAGUCAUUCUAAUUUAGCCACACUUGAUCUCUCCUACAAUUCCCUGUCGUAUGCCAUCAUCCCUCCGUGGAUAUUUCAACUCACCAACCUCCAACACCUUGAUUUAAGUGGAAAUGAACUUUCUGGAAAAAUAUCGAGAGUAAUUGCAAACCUGUGCAAUAUUCGGACAUUGAGUUCAUAUUCUAAUAAAUCGGGAGGAGAGAGAUCGGAUUCAUUUGGAAAUAUGUCAGAUUGUUUCUUAGGAUCUUUGAUAUCUUUAGAUUUGUCAGAUAAUCAACUCUCCGGUAUAAUUCCAGAAGAAUUAGAUAAUUUGCUUUCCCUUGAAAGGUUAUACUUGGGUAAUAAUAAAUUGAGGGGGAACUUACCAGAGAGUAUGGGGAAACUUGUGAACUUGACAGCGCUUAGAAUAGAUAAUAACAUGUUGGAAGGGGUUGUGACUGAAACCCACUUUGCCAAUCUCUCAAAUUUAGAAUUCUUACGAGCCUCUGGAAACCAGUUGACUUUAAAAGUCAACCCCAGUUGGAUUCCACCAUUCAAAAUGAACUGGCUUUACCUGGGGUCUUGGGACUUGGGGUCUCAAUUCCCGUUAUGGCUUGAGACUCAGAAAGAGAGUAUCAUCGAACUUGAUUUAUCGUGUACUGGAAUCUAUGGAAAUGUUCCCAGCUGGUUAUGGAGUUUGAGUUCUCUCAACCUUUCCCAUAACCAACUCGACGGAAAGAUUUUAUCCAUUAGUGAUCGUCACAAUGGUGAUCAUUAUAUUUCCAAGUCUUUUGACUUGAGUUUCAACAGGUUUAGUGGUCCACUGCCUCAACUAAUGACAAGUUCGUUUUUGGAACUCCAUUUCUCGAAUAACUCAUUUUUCGGAGGCUUGUCAGAAUUUGUUUGUACCACUCUAUCAAAUGUAUUGCUUAUAAAUUUGGAAGGAAACCAUCUUUCUGGAGAGUUACCCGAAUGUUUUAUCAAAUGGCAAUCAUUGGCAGUGUUGAACUUAGCCAACAACAAAUUGUCCGGAAGAAUACCAGAUUCCAUCAGAUUUCUUAACCAGCUAGCGUCUUUGAGUCUCCACGGCAACAAUUUCUCUGGCCUCAUACCUUCUUCAUUGCAAAACUGCACGAAACUAAUUAAGAUCGACUUUUCUGAUAACAAUCUUGGUGGGGACAUACCGAAAUGGAUUGGCACAAGAUUUCACAGGUUGAGAUUUCUGAUUUUGCAGUCCAACAAUUUCAGUGGAGAAAUUAGUCCAUCCAUAUGUCACCUCACUUCUCUUCAAGUCUUGGAUCUCUCUAAUAACAAACUGUCGGGGAGGCUACCUCAAUGCCUCAACAAUCUUACCACAAUGACCACUAAAAGGAUUUUGGAUAGGCCACAAUAUUCUGUAUCUAUGGAAGGUUCUUUUAUAUCUGGAGUAGAAAUUCAGGAGAGCGCAUCAAUUUCAAUGAAGGGUAGAGAACUCAUCUACGAUGCCAAUCUCUUUUUGGUUAUCAGUAUUGACCUUUCAAACAACAUCCUGUCUGGUGAUAUCCCAAGGGAGAUGAUAAAUCUGGUUGAACUCAGAACACUGAACCUGUCACGAAAUCAUUUAACAGGAUCCAUCCCAGACAACAUUGGAAACAUGAACCAACUCGAAUCUCUUGAUUUCUCCAUGAAUUCACUCUCUGGCAACAUUCCAGGUAGCAUGUCAAUCAUGACUUCUCUGAAUUACUUGAAUCUGUCAUAUAACCACUUGACUGGAAGAAUCCCACAAAGCACCCAAAUUGGGAGCUUGAACGAGUCGAGCUUCAUCGGCAACAAUCUUUGUGGCUCUCCACUGAAAAUUUCAUGCAGAAAUGGUAGUAAUGCCUCUACCCCAACGAACGCAGAGAAUAAAGGCCGAGAAGUCGGUAUGCCAGAGAUUAAUUGGUUUUACAUAUUCCUAUCUUUAGGAUAUGCUGUUGGGAUUUCAGCUGUAUUCACUACAUUGUAUUUCAAUAACAAAUGGAGGGAAGCAUAUUAUGCAUUCCUUCAAAAAGUGUGGGACAGUGUAUAUGUGUAUUUUGUUAUCAAAUGGAGAAGGCUCACGAGAGUGUUGGGUCGAAAUUCGUGA